GGCUCCAAUCAGAUGUGUUGCAGAGGCAGCUGAGCAAACUUUCCGCGCCGAGAGUGCGGGCAACUGGGUCGGCUCAUUCACCUGUCCGCAGCAGCACGAGCAUGUUGCUCUGUGAGGACAGCAACCUGCCCCUGAGCAAAACCAUCCUGUUGUGCAACCUGCUGUCAGGGUAUUGUCUGCAGCCCAGGUGCCGCCGAGGAUCCAAGUGGAAGCGAGUAUUUUUCGUGUUGCAGGAGUGCUACGAGUCUGCGCUCAAUCUGGUCAUUUUCGGACUGACCACGGCCGUGGCCUGGGUCGUUUUGACCGGGACCAAAGACAGCGGAGGCAACUUCGCAGCGUUCAUCAACUCCAUCCGCGGAGUGCUGUUCGCGACGUAUAUUUGCUUUUCUUCGUUAUUUUUGAAAUUUUCAAAAAAACAGCUGCAAAAGAUUUUCAAAGAGACGACGCGGAUUGUCAAGUUGGAAGGCUUCCGCCAGCUGCAGAGACAGUGCCUGGCCAAAACAACCAAGCGCACCGUGUGCUCCUACUUUUUGCCACCUCUGCUGGCCGCCUACAUAUCGGUAAUAAUGAACUUCGUGUUGACUGUGAUGGUUGUGUCCGGAUAUUACGAAGACAAAGUAUUCAACACGGACGAGAGCGACAGCAAAAAGAUCUACACGACAAUAGAUCCGUUCAAGUACAUCCGCAUUUUGAUCUUUUUGAUCUUCUGUUACCUGAAGCAAGCUUCACACGACGCGAUUUUCCUGCAUCUUUAUUGCUUCGUGGCCGAGGAGUUAAAGCUGUUGCGACAGGAGUUGCGGCAGGUCAUGAAAGAAAACCAACAAAUACUGUCUGCUGUCGUCGACCCAUUUGUUCCCAUGGCGAUUAAUAUUGAGAGCUGGCUCGCCUUUCAGCAAACUUUGGCGAGAUUGAUGCGCAGGAUCAAUUCCUUCGCGUACCCCUACAUCAUUGUUAUGGCUGGUUAUAAUGCGGGGAUUCUUUGCAUCACAGCUUACCUUUUCUCAAAGCUAACAGACUCGCCUGCCUUCAAAUUGGCCGUCUUUGGCUACAUGAUGAACUCCAUUAUACGCAUUUCCCUUUUUUGCGAAGCGGGACACAGGUUGAGAAAGGAGGGUCUAGCAAUUUGCGACGUGAUUUACAAAGCACCUGUACUGCGAACCGCCCCCAGCGUCGGACUCGCGCUCCACUCCGUCGCAUUGGAUUGCCAGCGAUCGUUUGUCGCUCGCGGCGGCCCCUUUUUCACCCUCUCCGUCGAGUUCUUCACCUCAGUAGCCGGGGCCGUGCUCACCUACUUUGUCGUUUUGAUUCAAUUUAAAUGAAGCUCUUACAAUAAAAUCGCUCUAAAUUACUGUUUGAACAUUCGAUUGUGUUUGAAAGAGCCUGUCGCUAGGCAACCUGCUGCUUUUUGGGAGUCCAACAGGUUGCAUACCAGCCCAGGGGUUCGUCUCCUGACGCUCAUGCUUUUC